GUGCGUUCUCGGCGAGUCGGCUCUCCUGCCGGCCGGGCGCGACCCAGUGGCCGCGUGGCGCGCGCCGUGCUCUCCCGCUCCACGCACACGCUUCGCUGCCAGAGCAAUGCCGCCCCCUACUGUCCCCUUCUUCCUCACCUCUACUACGCUCGCCACCACCGCGAAGAAACCGCAGCCGCAAUCGCCGUUAUGCGAUGCGCAAGCCCAGGCCGCCGCUGCCUCCCUGGCCUCGGCGGCGUCUGCUUCGUACGCCGCGCGCAUGCGGCUCAACCCGCACCUCGCGCUCCGCCUGUUCGACCACCUGCUCCGCUCGGGCGCUGACCCGGACCCCGCGGCGUACGAGCUCGCUUUCGCGUCCUGCGCGCGCGCCAGGGACCGUGCUACGGCCGCGCAGCUUCACGCUCACGCCGCCAAGCGCGGGCUCGUCGCCUCGCACCGCCGCGUGCGCUGCAGGCUCGUCCACGCCUACGCCGUUUGCGGGAUGCUCCCCCACGCGCGCAGGGUGUUCGACGGCGGCACCGACAACGACAUGGUCGCCUGGAACUGCCUGCUGCGCGGGUACGCGCAGGAGGGUGGGGACGAGGACUUGCUCCGCGAUUUCUUUGCCAGGAUGCCGUCCCGGGACAGCGUCUCAUGGAACACAGUCCUUUCAUGGUGCGUCGUGAAUGGGGAGUAUGAUGAGGCAAUCGCAGUGUUCCGGGAGAUGCUUGCGAGCCAGGAGUGUCAGCCUGAUCGGGUGACAUUAGUGAGCGUUGUCUCUGCAAUUGCAUACUUGGGGGCACUUGCACACGGUCUUUGGGCCCAUGCGUAUGUCUUCAGGAAAUGUAUUGAAGUUGAGGAGAAACUGAGCUCAGCAUUGAUAAACAUGUACUCAAAGUGUGGGUUCAUUGAGGGUGCAGUUUAUGUGUUUGACAAUGUUGGAGGAAAGAGGAGCUUGGAUACUUGGAAUGCAAUGUUAGCUGGUUUUACGGCGAAUGGUUACAGUGAGAGAGCUCUGGAGCUCUUCACCAGGAUGGAGUCAACAAGGCUGAUGCCUAACAAGAUUACUUUUAACACUGUACUGAAUGCUUGUAGCCACGGGGGGUUAGUUGAGGAAGGGAUGUUUGAGAAAGCUGAGGAGAUAAUUCAGACAAUGCCGAUGGAGCCAGAUGCUUCCAUGUUGAAGGCCCUAUUGGGUGCUUGCAGAACUCAUAAGAACUUAGAGUUGGGAAAGAAGGUUGGCCACAGGCUUAUUGAGGCUGCCGCAAAUGAUCACGCCGGGUAUGUGUUGUUAUCCAACAUAUAUGCACUAGAUGGCAACUGGGGAGGAGUGCAUAAGGUGAGAAAGCUUAUGUUGGAUCGUGGCGUGCUGAAGACCCCUGGGAGCAGUUCAGUGGAACUUAAUGGUGUAAUUCAUGAGUUCAUUUCUGGAGACAAAAGCCACUCGAGGAAGAGGGAUAUAUAUAAGAUGCUAGGUGAGAUUUGUCAACAACUUAAAAGUUCAGGAUACACUCCUGACACUUCACAAGUGCUGCUAGAUAUUGACGAUGAAGAUGUGAAAGAGAGCUCACUAGCUCUACAUAGUGAGAAACUCGCAAUAGCCUUUGGACUGAUCAGCACUGCUCCUGGCACGCCUAUUAGGGUAGUAAAUAACCUCCGGAUCUGCGGAGAUUGUCAUAAUGCCAUAAAACUUAUAAGCAAGAUUUAUGGGAGGUGCAUAAUUGUUAGGGAUGCAAAUCGGUUUCAUCAUUUCAGAAAAGGGUCUUGUUCUUGCGGGGAUUACUGGGGGAUGCUCUUGUGAUGAUCGUCAGGUUUUGAAGGUUUAGCAUUAGAGCUUUGUUUGAGCGCGGG